AUGGUUGUUUCUACAAGAUCUCAAUUCCUCCUCAAUGGAGACACCAACAAACCCGUGUCCUAUCUCCAAGCCGGUCCUGACACCAAUACUCUCAUUGUCCUGGUCCAUGGCUGGCCUGAGGUCGCCGCAGUUUGGAAGUCCCAGAUCGACACUUUGUCCAAUCUGGGUUUCUAUGUCGUAGCCCUCGACCUCCCGGGCUGUGGUGAUUCCUUCCGAACCCGGAAUCCACGCGACUAUAGCCUCGAGGCCACAAAUGCCACCUUUCUGGCCCUCUUGAAACAUCUCGGUCGUUCAGAAGCCGUUUGGAUCGGCCAUGACUGGGGCGCGACCUUGGUCUGGUCCUUUGUGGCCCACUACCCUCAAAAUUGCAUCGGUGCCUCCUCCAUGUGUGUUCCAUACCGGACCCUCGAGUUUGGCAUCGAGGAGGGCUUGGUCAAGUAUUCAAACCGUGAUAUCUACCCGGAAGACGAAUUCCCAUAUGCCCAGUGGGAUUAUCAGGCCUUUUAUGAGAAUCCAGACACCUGGCCCAAGGCUAUUCAGGACUACGAGGCUGAUAUCCCCAAUUUUCUGCGCCUCAUCUACCGCAAGGGCAGUGCCGAAGGCAAGGGCAAACCGAGUUUUACUGCCUCCAUCACCAAAAACAACGGAUGGUUCGGUGGCCAGGACAAACCGCCAGCCCUCCCUCUGGAUACCGACGUCCUCGACCAAGAAACCUUCGACCAAAUGUCCAAUGCCUAUCAAAAAUCCGGCUUCUGGGAUAUCAGCGCCUAUUAUCUCAACCACGAUGUAAAUGCUCGCUACACCCAUGACUGGUCUGUCAACGACGGUGUCAUCUCCGUCCCCACCCUCUUUGUCGAGGCCCUCUGGGAUUAUACCUGUGAUUGUCAAGAUUCUAGACUUGCCGAGCCCAUGAGGAGCUAUUGCAGAAACCUCACCGAGGUCGCCAUCGAAGCAGGCCACUGGGUCGCUCAAGAAAAAGCCCAAGAGGUCAAUGCUGCCCUCACCAAGUGGAUCGCCACCGCCCUACCGGCUUCCAUCUGGCCAUAUAACAGCACAUCUCCACUGAAGACCUCCAAAUAG